AUGGCCGGAGAAAUCAACGUCGAACGUCUCACUCCCUUGGAUUGGAUCGUCCCAAGGACCUAUCUGAGGGUUCUUUUGACGUUCCGAACGGCAACGUGCCCCGAAGCCAGUGCGCAGAAGUUUGAAACCGCUCUGCAUUCCACGUGGAGACAGAUCCCGUGGAUGUCCGGCCGGGUCGUCCCUGUCACCUCGGCGACGACCCAGAAGCCAACGCUGGAAAUUCACUGGAAGACGAGCGACGGGCCGCCGGUGCUCCAGGAUCUAGGAUCGAUCCCGGUGGCGUACCAAGCGUUGGCCUUGCAGGGGAUGCCCCCCGAUGCAUUUCCCGAAGCGAUAUGGCCGGUGAGAGGCUUCAUCGACGAGGACCUUCAUAACGCCGGAGCUCCAGUUUUUGCCGCCAGCCUUUUUCGUUUCGCCGACAACGGGGGGGUUGGACUGGUUAUAUGUACCCAUCACAACGUUACAGAUGCCGGUGGGUUGGACGAGAUUGUGCGACUACUGCUUCAGAAUGUUGCGGAGCCUGGUCGUUCGAUGUCCGUCUCUGGAGAAAGAUUCAACCGGUUGUUCGAGGCACUCUCUCCCGACCUCGAAGUCGCGGACUCGAAAUCUCUAGAGGACCUACUUGCUGCGCAUCCGGAGUAUUCGAUGGCGCCUCCAGUCUUUCCACCCGAGUUCCCGUCCUGUACAUCCAGAGUGUUUAGUAUCCCGAGCACUCGGAUUGAGGACCAAAAGGACCUUCUCCAGAAGUACACGGCAGUCAACCCGACCACGAACACGGUCAUCUGUGCCUUACUCUGGACCGUCAUCACCCAGAUCCGGAUGCGUCGCUCCACGAAUCUUUCUCCCGGCGCAACGAGUCGACUCGCAAUGGCGGUCAACGGCCGACAGCGCAUCAGCCCGCAAUUCUCCACCCCGGAGAACCCCUAUUUCGGCAAUGUCAUCCUCUACUCCCUGGCGGAGCUGUCGAUGGGAGAUUUAGCAGCCAGGUCAAGUGAGGAAACAGCACGAGAGCUUGCCAAAACCUGCGAUGCGAUCGCUACAUCCAGCUCGCCCGCCAAAAUCGACUCCCGCCAUAUCGCAGAGACAUAUAGUCUGAUUAGCAGAGUCGAGGACCAUCGGGCCAUCUUUAUCGGCUGGGAUCCAUUUUCCGGCCGUGACCUCACCAUCACAAGUUGGGCUAACCUGGGCUUGUAUGAUGCUGACUUCGGUGCAGAGCUUGGAAAACCGGAGUUUGUGAGACUGGCUUCUGCAGAGGCGGAUGGUGUCUCCAUCAUCCUACCGCGAAGGAGAGGCACUCGAGAUGGUCCGUCCUGCAGUGUGAUCGAGGUGACUAUCAUGCUGCGUAAAGACGACAUGGAGGCUCUCGAGCGGGAUGACUUGUGGAGAAGUCUCACCGCGAGCAAUUCGUGA